AUCACAAAACCCAGACUUUGGAAUCAGUUUCUCUUUUUUUCCCUCUUUCUCUUAGCGAUGGAGAUUUCUGUAAUCGCUUCUUCGUCAAUCGAUGAAGGAAUUGGAAGCUGGGAUCUCAAAACCGGGAAAGAGCAGCUUCGUUUCAAGCAGUGUGCUUCUCCGGCGCAUGGUCUCACCGCCGUCGGCGAGAAAUUUCUCGCCUCCUCUCAGCUCCGUAAAGAAUCUACUUCUUCUGGCUCGAUUUUUUACUGGUCUUGGACUAAGCCUCAAGUUGAAGUGAGGAGCUUUCCAGUGGAACCAAUAAAGGCUCUUGUAGCAAACAAUGAAGGAACUUACUUAGUUGGUGGUGGAUCCUCCGGAGAUAUUUACCUUUGGGAGGUUGCGACUGGGAAGUUGCUUAAGAAGUGGCAUGGUCAUUAUCGUUCUGUGACAUGUUUGGUGUUCUCUGGAGAUGAUUCUUUGUUGAUUUCAGGAUCUCAAGAUGGAUCUGUUAGAGUUUGGUCUCUUAUAAGGCUAUUUGAUGAUUUCCCGAGGCAGCAAGGGAAAACUCUUUAUGAACAUAAUUUUAAUGAGCAUACAAUGUCUGUGACUGACAUUGUUAUUGAUUAUGGAGGCUGCAAUGCUAUGAUAAUUUCUGCUUCGGAAGAUCGGACUUGCAAGGUUUGGAGCUUGUCAAGAGGGAAAUUGUUGAAAAAUAUCAUUUUUCCUUCAGCCAUCAAUGCACUCGCAUUGGACCCUGGCGGGUAUGUGUUCUAUGCUGGUGGUAGAGAUGGCAAAAUUUAUAUCGGUGCCAUCAAUGCCACGAGUGAAUAUGGGACACAAGUUCUAGGUUCAGUAUCCGAACAAAGCAAAGCUGUUACUUGCUUAGCAUAUUGCACAGAGGGAAACCUUUUAAUUUCUGGAUCAGAAGAAGGUGUGGUUUGUGUUUGGGAUCCCAAAUCGCGUCGCCCUGUUCGUACUCUCGGCCGUGGAAAAGGAAAAGGUCCUCCUGUGAACAAUAUUCAAAUUGUUAGAAAAACGAUUGUUGAUAAUUCCAACAAAACACAAUCUUCCUGGAAAAGACGUGGGUCUUUGAUGCCACCGCCUUUGGAAAAAUAUGAAAGAUCAGGAGAAGAUACUAUGGAUGGUAUCGUUACCGUUGAUCCGCCCCCAUUUUCUGAUGUUCCUGUUUACUCUUCUUUCCUCAGCGCUGACCUUAUUGACGAGCAAGUUAGAGAACUUCAGCAACAAGGCUCUGCAGCAACAGAGAUCGAAAUGGAAAGACUGAAACUUGAAUACAAAAGAUCUUUACAGAUGAAUGAUCAAUGGCAGAAGAAUUAUGAGAAUUUGCUUCAGGUGGUUAUGGAAGAAGAACAAAUCGGUGGUUCCAAUUGAAAGCUUUUAUUGUUGUUUCUACACAUUUUUGGAAUUAUAUUGAGAGAUAUAUUUUGUCACGAAAGAUUAUUUUAUUAAUCCCAAAUUUAGCAUCAAA